AAAUUAUAGCUAUUUUAUAUUAUAAUGUACUACUUUAUAUCAUUAUUACAUUCUUAUCUAAACUUUCCAUCACAGACUUGAUUAGUUUUAUGUUCCAUGUCUCCAUAGCGUAAUCAAGAUGCAAGAUUCAAACACGAAUGGUGAUGAUAUACUUUACCAGAAACAGCACGACAUUUUCAUGAGCCUACUUCCGGUUAUUGUUUGUGGUGCAAUUCUGGGCGCAGUGGGGAUAAUCGGCAACAUUUUCGCGAUGAUCUUUUACACAACGAAGUCAAAAGUAACCACAACUGUCAUCUUGAUAAUAAGCCUUACAAUAGUAGACUUUAUAGUGUGUUUACUGGUUAUCCCAAAUCUUGUUGAGGUAAUUCUAAAUGUGGGAAACAGUCAAAGGUUUCUCUGCAAGGUGACACAUUUUCUCAGUUUGUGGACCAUUGCAAGUUCAUGUAUUUUGUUAUGGGUCAUUUCAAUAGACAGGCACAGAAGAAUCUGUAAACCUUUUGCUAAACAGAUCAAAAUCCAUUCAGUCAAAUAUAUAGUUGCUGGAAUUGUCAUAUUUUCAUUUGCACUGGCAAUUAGGAAUUUGAUCAUUUAUGACACAGUUGCUAUGGAAAUUUCAACACCAAGUAUUAACAAGACUACAACUGGAUAUUACUGUACGAUUACGGAUGAUCCAGACUUAAAGAUUAUUGUUUCUUCUUUCCAUACACUGGAUUUUCUCCUCAUCUUAAUAGCUUGGGUUACCAUCAUUGUGACAUAUUCGAAUGCAGUUAUUAUCUUGAUGAAGCAGAGACAUAAAAUGAAGCGGCAACUGCCAAAACUGCAACAAAACAUCAAACGCGGACAGAGCAUAACGGAAACAAGCUACGGCACAUGUGAUGCCGAUGGAGGUAGUGACUGGAAUAUAUCAGUAGACCUUGAUGUAUCAAGAGGGGUGGAUGAGGAAAGUUCAUACAGAGAUGAUAAUGAUAAAGCACAUACGUCUCAGGGUGGAAAUCAUCGGCCUGCUAUGCUUACUGUCAACCCGAGGGCACAUUCUGUCUGCAAUUUAUCAAAGCGAAAUGAAAAUGACAUAAAGUCUUAUGUCAAACUCGUCGCAGUCAAAAGUGCCAUAGAACGAAACCUUACCAUUAUGAUGUUUGCGGCAUCAAUUGUUUUCAUUCUGAGUUUUACCCCUUUCUUUGUGAUAAGAGUAAUCAUGAGGAUUUAUCUUGGUAUUGGGAUAGAUUACGAACUGAAAACAGUAAUCCAGUUUGCAUUAAAAUUGCCAGUUCUGAACAGUGUCUUCAAUCCAGUCAUUUACUGUGUUUUCAAUUCCAAGUUUAGGAAGUUCUUAAAAUGUGGGGUUUGACAAUUUUGACAAAAAUAAAUGAAUGCAAAGGCUGGUGUGACCCACAUAAAAAUUUGAGUGAUAAUUUCGAGUGAUAACUUCAGAUACUAAACUGAACAUCCAUGCAGUCUGGUCAGGAUCCAUGCUGUUCGCUUUCAAAGCCUAUUGCAAUUAGAGAAACUUUUAGCGAACAGCAUGGAUCCUGACGAGACUGCGCAGGCUGGUCUGGAUCCAUGCUGGUCGCAAACGCACUAUGUUGGUUUUCUCAUGGCGCGGCUUAUUUGUUUAUUCUUAAAAGAAAUCAAUGCAUACAUCCUAUUGUUUAGAAACUCAUAAUAAGUUUAAUACUUUUCACAAAUCAGUUUUGUAAUACAUUGUAUAUAACAUAUUUAAAUUAGAAAUAUCUACAUUGUU